AUAAUUACUAGAUAAAUUAAAUACUUGCAGUUAUUAUUUUAUUAAAAAUGUUUUCUUAUAUAAUUAAAAUUAAAGUAUGGUUGUGUGUAUUAGUUGCCUGCAAAAUUGCAUUAGCACUUAAUAAUGGAUUAGCUUUAACACCACCAAUGGGUUGGCUUGCUUGGCAACGAUUCAGAUGUACUAUAGAUUGUGAAACUUUUCCAGAUGAAUGCGUAAGUGAAAACUUGUUUAUGAGAACCGCUGACUUAUUAGUAAGUGAAGGCUAUGAUAAAGUUGGAUACAAAUAUGUUGUAAUUGAUGAUUGUUGGAUGACACAUAAUCGAACAACAGAUGGAAAAUUGCAAGCUGAUCCAAAACGAUUUCCGCGUGGAAUUAAAGCUUUAGCUGAUUAUGUACAUUCAAAAGGGUUAAAAUUUGGAAUUUAUGAAAGUGUUGGAACAAAAUCUUGUGAAGGAUAUGCAGGUAUUAAAGGUUAUGAAAAAAUUGAUGCUCAAACAUUUGCAGAAUGGGGAGUUGAUUAUGUGAAAUUAGACGGAUGCUACACAGAUGAACGAAAUAUGGACACAAGUUUUCCACAGUUUGGAAAAUAUUUGAAUGAAACUGGAAGACCAAUGAUUUACUCUUGUUGUUGGCCAUUUUAUCAAGAAAUUAAAGGAAUGCGGGUAAACUAUACACUUGUAUCACAAUCAUGUAAUUUAUGGAGAAACUAUGGAGAUAUACAAGAAUCGUAUGAUUCUUUAAUUGACGUGCUUGAUACUUUUGCGGUGAAACAAGAUAUUUGGGCUCAAUAUGCAGGUCCAGGACAUUGGAAUGACCCAGAUAUGUUAUUAAUUGGAAAUUUUGCAUUGAGUCACGAGCAAAGCCAAACACAAAUGGCACUAUGGGCUAUUUUAGCUGCGCCUUUAUUUAUGUCAAAUAAGUUAUCUACUGUCGAACCAAACUUCAAGAAAAUAUUACAAAAUACUGAAGUGAUUGGUAUAAAUCAAGAUAAACUUGGCAUACAAGGCAAAAGAAUCUAUAAGGAUCAAGGAAUCGAGAUAUGGUCAAAACCAAUUGAACCAAAAGAGAAAGAAUACUAUUCCUAUGCAAUAGCUUUUGUUAGUCGUCGAACAAUGGGAACACCAUUUCCAUACAAUAUUACAUUAAAUAAUUUAGGAUUAAAUAACCCAAUUGGAUACAAAAUAAAGAAUUUAUUUGACAAUAUCACUACAAAAGAAAUUGUAAAACCAGAUUCAAUUCUUAAAGUUGUAGUAAACCCAUCAGGUGUGGUCUUGCUAAGAUUUAAUAUUAUUUCAAAAUUUGAGUACAUACAUGGUCGAUACAUUUGAUGACUUCUUCAUAACAGGUGUAUGAAUACCUGUACUGGAACAGUGUACAUCAUAGUUAUAAGUUAAAUUGGUUGUAAAAUAAUAAAUAACAUUGAUAAAAUAUUUAUACUACCAACAAAUAAUAAGA